GGAUACGCAUGGAGCCUCCAUCAUCCCCGCCACUAUCUUUUACGCACCGAGUCCGGUAAGGCGCGCAGGUAUACCGAGCAACCUCGUGGACGAGUAUGAGCACCGCGCACGCGUAGAGAGGCGUGAUACGGCUAAGAGUGGAAGCACAAUUCCUGUGGAUCGGUCUCGCUUUUUUUUUUUUUUUUUUUUUUUCCUCCCCGCCGACAGCGCGCGUCAGCAUGGACGUCCUGGCGAACCACAGUAUCUUCCAGGAACUUCAGCUCGUACACGACACCGGCUAUUUCUCCGCCAUGCCUUCCCUGGAGGAGAACUGGCAGCAGACCUGCUUAGAACUGGAGCGUUAUCUGCAGACCGAGCCCAAGCGUCUGUCGGAGCUCUUCGACCAGGACUUGGACGGCCUCUUGACCCCGGCCUACCUGAAGGAGGACGGCGAGGAAGAGCUGGCCGACGUCCUACCCGGGCCCCCGAGCCCGCCGACGGUGGUGCUCUGCCCCGUGCGGAAAAACUUCACGUCCGCCCAAUCGAUAAAACGAGAACCAAAGGGCCCGGAGGCCACGGAGGAGAUGGAAGGCGUUCACCAAGCCCAGCUCAGCGCCGUCACCUCCCUGACGCCGCCCUCGUCGCCGGAACUGGGCCGGCACCUGGUGAAGCCCAGCCCGUCGCUGACGUCCGCCGCCGCCGCCGCCGCCGACGGGACGCUCACCCUCAAGCUGGUGGCCAGGAAGGUGGGACUCAGCGCCGCCCGGCUGGUGGCGGCGCACUCGCUUCCGGCGCGGGUGAAGGAGGAAGACGAGGGAGUAGCGUGCGUGGGCGGCGGCGAGCUGCCGGAGAACAAGAAGAGGAUCCACCGCUGUCAGUUCAACGGCUGCAGGAAGGUUUACACCAAGAGCUCCCACCUGAAGGCCCACCAGAGGACGCACACAGGUGAGAAGCCCUACAAGUGCUCAUGGGAAGGCUGCGAGUGGCGAUUCGCCCGGAGCGACGAGCUGACGAGGCACUACCGCAAACACACCGGCGCCAAACCUUUCAAGUGUAACCACUGCGACAGGUGUUUCUCACGAUCAGAUCAUCUGGCGCUGCACAUGAAGAGGCACAUUUGAGGCAUGAAGGAGACGGAGGCAGAGAUGAGGAGAGAGAGGGGAGCAUCACUUGCAGACAAAAAGUACCACCACGGAUCUCAGACGGGAUAGAUCUCUGAUUCCCGCCACGGGCUUGAACACGGACAGGCAAACAAACGGGGUCAGACAUGACUCGAUUAACCGUGGUCGGCGUCCCCGAAAUGGAUGACCUUCAGUUGGUUUCAACUCUUGCCCCCCCCUCGCAGUCCAAAAUGUCAGCCACUUUGUAUAUUUUGGUCUCUCUUUGAGCUAAACGCCAUCCUCACUUUGGUUUCCGCAGCCUUUUCCGUUCAAAGGUUAUAUAAUCAAGUAUGAGUUUUCCGUUUGACCCGUUACACCUUAACCGACUGGAUCCGUUUAGAAAUCCUUCUGGUUUCCAUGGCAUGGGAUUUAGAGACCGGACGAGAGGAGCAUGUUUCAGCCCGGCGGAGGUCGAUUGAGGCCACGGACAUCAUCCGGUGGGAGUUCCCUCUGCAUGGGUUAGGGUCAACUAAUCUACUCCUGGGAAAGAAAGGCCAUCUCUUGUCGCAAAGCUCCUCAGUGUGAAAAAAAAAACUGUUGCACAAUUGACUUUUACAAACAUUUUGUUAAAAAAAAACAAAAAAACGACCCCAGCGAGUCCGGCUGGGAGUCGAUUCGGCCCCCAUGCACAAGUCCGAAAGCAUCUUGUAAUAGCACAUCAGACAAGAUCAAUAUGUACCUAAAGGCUCUAUGUUUCUAAGCAAAGAUCUCCUAUUUGUUCCGGAAUAGACCCAUUCUGAGGAACUCUUCGGGAACGGAUGCAGCCAAAUAAAAACCUGUCGAUGCCCUGAAAUGAUCUCUCGGGCCCUUUGAGAGUGAUCGGCGUCCGACCGACCGACGGAGCGCUCUCCAAUGCAGAACUCUUCCAACUUAGCGGACUUCCAUUCAAAACGCAGACGUUUCAAACUAAAUCGGGCCCUAUGCAUCCUCCUGGUGACUUCUUGUGAGAUUGAACCCCCAAUUCCCCACCCCCCCGUUGGACGUAGACCGGACUUGUUGGAGGACGAAUCAAUCAAUGUGAAUGUAUCUGUGUAUGUGUCCGUGCACUUGCAUCUGGAAAAAAAAAAAUACAGAAAAAAAAAAAAUGACGAGAACGCCGUUGCGGUCGCUUCCGGUUAGAACCAUUCCUUUUCACUACUCCACACGUCAUUAUUACACUACCGAGUCACGCCUGGUGGCUUGUGUCACGCUUUGUUGGAGUGGAACGGCAGAGGGGUCAGGAGAGCAGGUUUCUAUGGACGCGGCAGAUCUGCGCACUCAGCAGAGAUAACCGCCCCAUCAGCUCCUAAAACCACAACAGAGUAAGACCUCCCGAUACAAAGACAUGUAGUCACAUUUGUUCACGGUGAUCCGACCCCUGAAUCCCCGGCCGCCAGCUCCACGAGAUGCCUUUUUUUUUUGUUUUUUACCGGGGCAACACAGACAAAAAAAAAAAAGAGCCGAUGCUAGUAUCCAACGGCAAUUGGCGACACAAUCGACGGUCUGGAUUUGAACAAGAAUGUGGAUUCUUCAACGACUAACCCGCACCUGAUUCCACCCAUGUACUUGGGGCUUCCAGGGCUGGAGCGACAGGGGCUCGGUCCUGCGUGCGUGUCCGCCUAGGGGGGGGCGCUGUCCCGGACACAUUUUUUUUAACCAUUUCCCGCAGCCUUAGCGUUCAGUCCAGGUCUGCAUUCAUCUGGCAAAACAAAAACGAAGAAAAAUUGGUUUGCACCAUCGAUGGCAGCUCUUUGUGUGUGUUUUAAUAGUCCAGCUCCGAUGUCGACAUUAAUGGUUGUGUGGCAAUGUGUUUUAUUUUUUUUUGUUGUUGUUCUAAAUUGUUCUCACGGGCAACCCUGGACUGGAACACAGAAAUACAGUUGUCCCUCGUUUAACGGGGUAAAAUCGGGACCGGACAUGACCGCGAUAAAUGGACUUCUCAGCACUAGGACUCAAUACCUUGGUAACACUUUAGUAUAGGGAACAUAGUCACCAUUAAUUAGUUGCUUUUUAACAUGCAAAUUAGUAACAUAUUGGCUCUUAAUUAGUCAUUAUUAAGUACUUAUUAAUGUGUUAUUCUGCAUGGCCUUAUUAUACAACCAGUAAGCCGGUAACACUUUAGUAUGGAGAACAUAUUCUCACCAUUACUAACCCUAACCCAGGGGUCGGCAACCCAAAAUGUUGAAAGAGUCAUAUUGGACCAAAAAUACAAAGAAAAAAUCCGUCUGGAGCAGCAAAAAAUGAAAAGCCGUGUUAUAAUGAAAGCAACACAUGACGUAAGUGUCUAUAGUAUCUUUAUUAGCCUACUAUCAAAAUGACUCUGUCGCAGGCUGACACAAAUCUUCGUUGACAAAAAUGUUGAAAUCUAAAAUGUAUUGUACCCAUUUUUACAAAAUUGGACAACAUUCGUAAAACACGAGGCUUCUUAGAGGGUGAGAUAAUGUUUAGAUAUUACUGGUGGGCUUUGAAUUGAUUUAUAACAAUAUAUGCAAGCUGGGUAAUGUUUGCUGUGGUCUGGAACAACAUGGCACACAAACAACUAUCAGAAAUGCAGGCAAUAUUACCAACAGAUAAUUUGUCACGAGAAAUGCAGAUAUGAAUUAAAUACACAGAGGACAUAGGGAAUUAAAUGAGCUCAAAUAUACCUGCAAGUGAGGCAUAAUGAUGCAAUAUGUACAUAAAGCUAUCCUAAAUAGCAUGUUCGCAUUGGUUCGCUUGAAGUCAUGCACUGACCACAUAUGCCUGAUUAGCACUCCACACAAGUCAAAAACAUCAACAAAGCUCACAUGUGUGCAUUCACACACAGCAUAAAUAGUUUGGUGGACAAAAUAGGACAAAGAGAGUGGCAUAAAGCAAGAAAAUUGUACAUGUAAACAAAUCUGGUGAGUUCAAGGACUGCCAAAAUUAGUCGGACAAAACGGCACUCGCCAAAAACUCUCAGCGGAAAACCAUGUUUAAUAUAAAUAGUGGGAUUGUCCUCCCCGAAAAACCCUAUUAAAACAAAAAUAUAAAUUUUUCCACCAUUUUUUUUUAUUUUCAUACAUUUUUCAUAAGCUCCAGGGAGCCACUAAGGAUGCACGGAAGUCUAGAGCCGCAGGUUGCAGACCCCUUCCCUAACCCUAACCCUCUAACCCUAACCCUAACCCCAACCCUAACCAAAUAACUGUAAAUUAAGUUCGUUAUUUAGAAUAUGUCCACCUACUGUCCAAAUAACUCUAAAUUAAGUAUUUGUUACUUAGAAUAUGUUCCCCUAGUGUCCAAAUAACUCUAAAUUAAGUAUUUGUUACUUAGAAUAUGUUCCCCUAGUGUCCAAAUAACUUUAAAUUAAGUCUAUGUUAUUUAGAAUAUGUUCCCAUAGUGUCCAAAUAACUCUAAAUUAAGUCUUUGUUAUUUAGAAUAUGUCCCCCUAGUGUCCAAAUAACUGUAAAUUAAUUAUGUUUUAUUUAGAAUAUGUUCCCCUAGUGUCCAAAAAACUCUAAAUUAAGUCUACCUUAUUUAGAAUAUGUCCCCCUAGUGUCCAAAUAACUCUAAAUUAAGUCUAUGUUAUUUAGAAUAUGUCCCCCUAGUGUCCAAAUAACUCUAAAUUAAGUCUUUGUUAUUUAGAAUAUGUUCUGAUAGUUUCCAAAUAACUCUAAAUUAAGUCUUUGUUAUUUAGAAUAUGUCCCACUAGUGUCCAAAUAACUCUAAAUGAAUUAUUUGUAAUUUAGAAUAUGUUCCCUUAGUGUCGAAAUAACUCUAAAUUAAGUCUUUGUUAUUCAGAAUAAGUUCCCUAGUGUCCAAAUACCUCCUAUUUAAGUCUAUGUUAUUUAGAAUAUGUCCACCUAGUGUCCAAAUAACUCUAAAUUAAGUAUUUGUUACUUAGAAUGUUCCCCUAGUGUCCAAAUAACUCUAAAUUAAGUCUUUGUUAUUUAGAAUAUGUCCCCCUAGUGUCCAAAUAAAUCUAAAUUUAGUCUUUGUUAUCUAGAAUAUGUCCCACUAGUGUCCAAAUAACUCUAAAUUAAUUAUUUGUUAUUUAGAAUAUGUUCCCUUAGUGUCGAAAUAACUCUAAAUUAAGUCUUUGUUAUUCAGAAUAUGUUCCCUAGUGUCCAAAUAACUCCUAUUUAAGUCUAUGUUAUUUAGAAUAUGCCCCCAUAGUUUCCAAAUAACUCUAAAUUAAGUAUUUGUUACUUACAAUGUUCCCCAAGUGUCCAAAUAACUCUAAAUUAAGUCUUUGUUAUUUAGAAUGUCCCCCUAGUGUCCAAAUAAAUCUAAAUGAAGUCUGUGUUACUUAGAAUAUGUUCCCAGUGUCCAAAUAACUGUAAAUUAAUUAUUUGUUAUUUAGAAUAUGUUCCCCUUUGUCCAAAUAACUCUAAAUUAAGUCUUUGUUAUUUAGAAUAUGUUCCCCUAGUGUCCAAAUAACUCUCAAUUAAGUCUUUGUUAUUUAGAAUAGGUUCCCCUAGUGUCCAAAUAACUCUAAAUUAAGUCUUUGUUAUUUAGAAUAUGUCCCCCUAGUGUCCAAAUAACUCUAAAUUAAGUCUUUAUUAUUUAGAAUAUUUUCCCAUAAUGUCUAAAUAACUCUAAAUAAAGUAUUUGUUAUUUAAAAUAUGUCCCCCUAGUGUCCAAAUAACUCUAAAUUAAUUAUUUGUUAUUUAGAAUAUGUUCCCCUAGUGUCCAAAUAACUCUAAAUUAAUUAUUUGUUAUUUAGAAUAUGUUCCCCUAGUGUCCAAAUAACUCUAAAUGAAGCCUUUGUUAUUUAGAAUAUGUUCCCCUAGUGUCCAAAUAACUCUAAAUUAAGUCUUUGUUAUUUAGAAUAUGUCCCCCUAGUGUCCAAAUAACUCUAAAUUAAGUCUUUGUUAUUCAGAAUAUGUUCCCCUAGUGUCCAAAUAACUCUAAAUAAAGUCUUUGUUAUUUAGAAUAUGUCCCCCUAGUGUCCAAAUAACUCUAAAUUAAGUCUUUGUUAUUCAGAAUAUGUCCCCCUAGUGUCCAAAUAACUCUAAAUUAAGUCUUUGUUAUUCAGAAUAUGUUCCCCUAGUGUCCAAAUAACUCUAAAUAAAGUCUUUGUUAUUUAGAAUAUGUUCCCAUAGUGUCCAAAUAACUAAACUAAGUCUUUGUUAUUUAGAAUAUGUCCCCCUAGUGUCCAAAUAACUCGAUAUUAAGUCUUUGUUAUUUACAAUAUGUUCCCAUAGUGUCCAAAUAACUCUAAACUAAGUCUUUGUUAUUUAGAAUAUGUCCCCCUAGUGUCCAAAUAAAUCUAAAUUAAGUCUUUGUUAUCUAGAAUAUGUCCCACUAGUGUCCAAAUAACUCUAAAUUAAUUAUUUGUUAUUUAGAAUAUGUUCCCUUAGUGUCGAAAUAACUCUAAAUUAAGUCUUUGUUAUUCAGAAUAUGUUCCCUAGUGUCCAAAUAACUCCUAUUUAAGUCUAUGUUAUUUAGAAUAUGCCCCCAUAGUUUCCAAAUAACUCUAAAUUAAGUAUUUGUUACUUACAAUGUUCCCCAAGUGUCCAAAUAACUCUAAAUUAAGUCUUUGUUAUUUAGAAUGUCCCCUUAGUGUCCAAAUAAAUCUAAAUGAAGUCUGUGUUACUUAGAAUAUGUUCCCAGUGUCCAAAUAACUGUAAAUUAAUUAUUUGUUAUUUAGAAUAUGUUCCCCUUUGUCCAAAUAACUCUAAAUUAAGUCUUUGUUAUUUAGAAUAUGUUCCCCUAGUGUCCAAAUAACUCUCAAUUAAGUCUUUGUUAUUUAGAAUAGGUUCCCCUAGUGUCCAAAUAACUCUAAAUUAAGUCUUUGUUAUUUAGAAUAUGUCCCCCUAGUGUCCAAAUAACUCUAAAUUAAGUCUUUAUUAUUUAGAAUAUUUUCCCAUAAUGUCUAAAUAACUCUAAAUAAAGUAUUUGUUAUUUAAAAUAUGUCCCCCUAGUGUCCAAAUAACUCUAAAUUAAUUAUUUGUUAUUUAGAAUAUGUUCCCCUAGUGUCCAAAUAACUCUAAAUUAAUUAUUUGUUAUUUAGAAUAUGUUCCCCUUUGUCCAAAUAACUCUAAAUUAAGUCUUUGUUAUUUAGAAUAUGUUCCCCUAGUGUCCAAAUAACUCUCAAUUAAGUCUUUGUUAUUUAGAAUAGGUUCCCCUAGUGUCCAAAUAACUCUAAAUUAAGUCUUUGUUAUUUAGAAUAUGUCCCCCUAGUGUCCAAAUAACUCUAAAUUAAGUCUUUAUUAUUUAGAAUAUUUUCCCAUAAUGUCUAAAUAACUCUAAAUAAAGUAUUUGUUAUUUAAAAUAUGUCCCCCUAGUGUCCAAAUAACUCUAAAUUAAUUAUUUGUUAUUUAGAAUAUGUUCCCCUAGUGUCCAAAUAACUCUAAAUUAAUUAUUUGUUAUUUAGAAUAUGUUCCCCUAGUGUCCAAAUAACUCUAAAUGAAGCCUUUGUUAUUUAGAAUAUGUUCCCCUAGUGUCCAAAUAACUCUAAAUUAAGUCUUUGUUAUUUAGAAUAUGUCCCCCUAGUGUCCAAAUAACUCUAAAUUAAGUCUUUGUUAUUCAGAAUAUGUUCCCCUAGUGUCCAAAUAACUCUAAAUAAAGUCUUUGUUAUUUAGAAUAUGUCCCCCUAGUGUCCAAAUAACUCUAAAUUAAGUCUUUGUUAUUCAGAAUAUGUCCCCCUAGUGUCCAAAUAACUCUAAAUUAAGUCUUUGUUAUUCAGAAUAUGUUCCCCUAGUGUCCAAAUAACUCUAAAUAAAGUCUUUGUUAUUUAGAAUAUGUUCCCAUAGUGUCCAAAUAACUAAACUAAGUCUUUGUUAUUUAGAAUAUGUCCCCCUAGUGUCCAAAUAACUCGAGAUUAAGUCUUUGUUAUUUACAAUAUGUUCCCAUAGUGUCCAAAUAACUCUAAACUAAGUCUUUGUUGUAUAAAACAUGUCCCCAUAGUGUCCAAAUAACUCUAAACUAAGUCUUUGUUAUUCAGAAUAUGUUCCCAUAGUGUCCAAAUAACUCUAAACUAAGUCUUUGUUGUAUAAAAUAUGUUCCCAUAGUGUCCAAAUAACUCUAAAUUAGAUAUGUGUUCCCUAGAAUAUGUUCCCCAUACUAAAGUGUUACCGAUACUCUCAUAGGUAGAGCAUAGAACACACGUUUACAACCUUUUAAAAAGGUUGUUUUCACAUAAUUAGGGCCAUCCAGACCUGAAAUAACACCCAUCUUUACCAUUUUUUGGACCCAAUAUACUGUAGUAUCGUUGUGUGUUCUAGAUCACAGUACUCUCUGGUAGCCCGGAGGACGAUUCGUGCGUCAUUAUCACAUUAUCCAGUCAAGUUCCAAUGAUAGUCCCACACACACUGGGUGUGGGGUGAAAUUUGUCCUCUACAUUUGACCCAUCCCCUAUGUUCACCCCCCUGGGAGGUGAGGGGAGCAGUGAGCAGCACCGGUGACCACGCUCGGGAAUACUUUUGGUGAUUUAACCCCCAAUUCCAACCCCUUGAUGCUGAGUGCCAAGCAGGGAGGUAAUGGGUCCCAUUUGAUAUAGUCUUUGGUAUGGGGUUCAUCCGAUCUCAGGGCGGAUACUCCGACCACAAGCCCAAGGAGCUAAGGUUACUAAAGUCCUGGGCAAUUCUUCUAAAUCACAACUGGGCUUCCACGUGUUGUUCCGCAGAAUUGAUUGAUUGAUCGAUUGAAACUUGUAUUGGUAGAUUGCACAGUACAGUACAUAUUCCGUACAAUCGACCACUAAAUGGUAACACCCGAAUACGUUUUUCAACUGGUUUAAGUCGGGGUCCACGUAAAUCAAUUCAUGGUAGGAACUCGGUCAACUCUACACUCGCAGUUAAGAUAGUUGACUUCGAUGACGUCGAGGCCAAAGUUCAUCUCCACUUUCGCCCGGAUCAUCGUCCAAUAGCUGAUAGUUUCUAGCAGUCUCAGCUAGCCUGGCGCUCCGAGGCUGAUUCCAGAUCUUGUCGUCGGACAUCGCUUCGAGUCGAAGUUCUCACCAAUGCGGAGACGUGUUAUUGACGAGGAAGGAGUCGAGUUUGAAGUCCAUCAAAAAAGGCGGUCGUCUCGGGAUCGCCGUGGUGAAGAUAGCGUAGCACCGCGAUUAGCGCCGUGUCGUUUACAUAGUAGAGUUCAACCUUAACCCGGGAACGGGAGUCGAGUGUUUUUGUCGAUCACCACUACAAAUACUGCACUGUAAUACUGUAAUACUUAAUUUAACAUUUUCAUUUAGGCUCCAAACUAGGGCUGGGCGAUAUGGUCUUUUUUUGAUAUCUCGAUAUUUUGGGGCCAUAUCGCGAUACACGAUAUAUAUCUCCAUAUUUGGCCUGAAUGAACACUUGAUACAUAUAAUAACAGCAGUAUGAUGAUUCUAUGUGUCUAGAUCGAAACAUUCUUGUUCAUACUGCGUUAAUAUAUACUCAUUUUAAACUUUCAUGCAGAGAAGGAAAUCACAACUAAGUCAAUUGACCAAAACUGUAUCUAUCAAACAGUUAUUAGCAGGUGACUUUUCAAAUGAUGCUACAUAUUAGCAGUAACGCUACUUUUGGUAGCAACGCUUGUGCCCCACGCUAUACAAAUUAAAGUUGUCUAUUCGAAAUUUCUUGGUAAUUAAUUCUUCCUUCAUUUGUUACCAGAUCGGCACCUUCUUUCUCUCGUAUUACCACUCGCACGGCUCCGCCGGCAUCGCAGCUAACGUUACCCACGCCGCUACCUCUCUGCGUAUACGUAUGUGACGUAUGACGUGACAGUACGUGACGUGUGUAAGAAGGUGCGCUUGUUUUACGUCUCCGUGAGAGUGAGAGACAAGAAAGAGUGAAGAAGAGCCUGCAGUGUAAUGCCCUGUGUGAGAACGUACUCUCCAAUAUCACGAUAUAGUCAUUUUCUAUAUCGCACCUAAACAAACCCGCGAUGUAUCGAGUAUAUCGAUAUAUAUCGCCCAGCCCUACUACAAUCAUGUACAAUAUGCUUUGAAAUAAUAAUAAUAAUCCGCGUUGUGUAGUAGUGAAGCCGCCACAUUGGAAGUGCGCUCUAGCGAGGGAUGACUGUAUCCCCAAUUUUUUUUUUUUUUUUUUUUUUUUUUGGAACUAAUUCUCACUUGUACGCUGGAAAACUUCUCAAAAUGUGAAUGUUUACUUUUUAUUUAUUUGAUUUUUUUGCUCUUCACUACUGUGUCAUUUUAAUGAUUGUCCAUUCUGCUGUGCCUGUGUGUAUAUUUAAUUUUUUUUAUUUUUGUGUAUUUGCACUCAAUUUUUUUUAGGAAAAUCUGAUGUUUUUCUGUCCACUCGUGCACAUCCCACCACCACACCCGCUGUACAGUAGCUGUUUUAUACACGUGUGCGCGCACAUACGUACGAGCACGCCCUUGCAUGCCUGCAGACACUCCCUACACAUGCAGGCGAGCACACACACACACACACACACACACACACACUCGACCUGAGUUGCAGGCUGCAGCUCUCAGCGUCACUGAUCUCCUGAAUUUUAAAUAUCAGACCCUUUUUUCUACCGUUUCUUCAAUGCCUCGCCCUCACUCUUCAUCAGAUAUCUUCCCUUUCAACCCCUCUUCCGCACCCCCUCCUCCGUAGUCGUUCUCCUUUUUUCCUUUUCAGCUGUAUAAAGUCUUUCAAAUUUAUCAUUUGUAUAUUAUGAUGUAUGAGUACGACAAUGUUCUUUAUUAUGGAAAAAUGAGAAAGAUUUAUUUUUGUUACCGGUUUGUUUCAUAAUUCCUUUUUUUAAAUUGGUAUUGUAAUAUCUCUAUGCAAGGAACUGUUUGUUUUUUUUAUUUAAGAAUGUCAUGUGUGUAAUAAAUGGUAGACGCAGUUUGGCAUGGAGUAUUUGUGCUUCCGGGCUGGUCUGUUCUGUGACGAAAUCCACCUCAUUGUCCAUUUUCUCACUUUGAAUUCUCGUCAGGACUUGCUGCAAGCCGCUACUAUUUUUCCUACGGCGCGGCUGAUUUAUCCAUUUUUCUAAGGUAACGUAACAUUAAAAAAGUGUGGUUAUUGUU